CAGUGGAUCAUUUUUGAGAUCAAUAUCUUUGCAAUCUCAUCAGAAAGCUGAUAACGGAUGCCAUCGAUAACAGUACUGCCCACGUUUGUCCAGUUUUAGUUUAUGAAACGAUAUAUAUGCUCGGCGCAUCAACAAACGAAACAACUCCAACUGAGUUCAAUGACCGCGCAUAAAAUAUCAAAUAUUCGCGUGCAAAUCUCCCGUGUGGCUAUUGAGUAUCGUGCAUCGUGCGCAUCUCUUAUGUCUGACAAUCUGUUUUAGAAUUGCGAAAACAGUGCUAUCGCACGUUACGAAAAAUCGACAAAUAAUAUAGAAGCCCGCAUCCUUCGUUAUUUAUAAUACGUCAUUAACCAUCAUCACGUGGAAGAUUGAGAACACUUCUGAGGAAAAUUUCGUGGUGAAGGAAGACAAAAUAAUAAAUGGAAAUCGAAAAAGUGUAAGGACAUAGAGUAGAAAGCGAAAAGAACGGCUCCACGAUCAACUAGAAUCAGAUGAUAGAUACGUCACGAUACUCACGAUAGAAAAGAGGAGGAAGUAGCGUGUUCGGUGAUAAUCGCGAAUGAUUACAAAUUCGUACUGGAACGAGACUCGAUCGCAAAGUGGUGGUGAUUGGCGAUGACAAGCGGUGUUAGUGUUAGAUGAACGUAGCGAGUGGAAAGAGCGAACAGAUAGAAAGGAGACGGAAAAAAGCACGCGCGCGCGCGUCAACUCGUGCUCGUGUAUGAUAUAUACAUCGCGCAUCUCCUCCAGGCUCGAGGUACGUUUAUUGCGCGACGCGAUUGGAGCGAGAGAUUCUCUUUAUCGCACCAAAGGUGUGUGUUUGUGCGGUGUGCACGUCGUGUUUUCCGGCUUAUCCGUAAAAGUCGUGUUUUCGUGAUCUCGAAGCCGGAACGACCUCGAAAGCGUGUAUCUCUCUCUCUCUCUCUCUCUCUCUCUCUCUUUCUCGCUCUCCCUACGGCGAACGCUCGCACCUCGCACGUCUCAUCAUCCGAGGAACGACGCUCAUCGUCGUCGAUCAUCAUUGCGACCGUUACGACGGAGGAGGAGCGAGAAAAUGGCCGACAAUUGGACGCAGAGUGUUGUUUGCCGAUACUUCAAGAAUGGUGCUUGCCGUGAAGGAAACAACUGUCGAUAUCGGCAUGUACAAGCUAGAAACGAUGCAAAUAUCAAUGAGACAGUGACAACUCCAACUAAUAGUCCUGGCUAUAUUGUCACUUGUCGCUUCUUCAAACAAGGCAUGUGUAAAUUUGGUAAUCAAUGUCGUUUUCGCCAUAGUUCAGAUACUGUGGAUAACGAUAUACAAACUAACGCGAUAGAAAAUUCAGCCUUGGGUCAGCACACAGCAAACUCUUCAAAAAAUAAAAAAGUUGAUAAACGUACUGCUGAAGAUUGGGUAAAAGCACCCGAGUUUGUACCUACAGCUGUGUCUCCAAUUGCUGGAUCAUCUUCUACAGAUGGAACAUCUGCUUCGGGUAUAAGUACAUCAAAGCCAGUCUCGUAUGCUCAAGCUGUUAAUCCAUCUGGUCAAGCCUCAAACCUCUCUUUAGAACCUUUGUGUCCAUAUGCAGAAGCAACUGGACUCUGUCGAAAUAUAAAUUGCACAUAUCUUCAUGGUGACAUUUGCGAAUUAUGUAGUCGUGCAGUCCUUCAUCCACAUAAUGAAGAAUUGAGGAAAAAACAUACAAAUGCAUGUGUGAAACAGCACGAAGCAGAUAUGGAAUUAUCUUUUGCCAUCCAACGUAGCAAAGAGAAGUCCUGUGGUGUUUGCUUCGAAACAAUAAUGGAGAAAUCGUCGCGAGAACAGAGGUUUGGUAUAUUGCCGAAUUGCAAUCACUGCUUCUGUCUAACUUGCAUCAGAAAGUGGCGUCAAGCUAAACAGUUCGACAAUAAAAUUAUAAGGGCAUGUCCGGAAUGUCGUAUUCCCUCAGAUUUUGUUUGCCCUAGUAUGUAUUGGGUGGACACAAAAGAAGAAAAGGAAAAAUUGAUAAGAGAUUAUAAAGGCGCAUUGAGUACCAAAGACUGCAAGUACUUCAACAAGGGUCGUGGUAAAUGUCCGUUUGGUAAUAAAUGUUUCUAUCUUCAUGCACUCCCUGAUGGAACUAAAAAAGAUGUGGGUCCACCGGUUCGACAGAGGCGCAAUACUGCCGACACCGAUAUCGACAUCUUGCACCAACUGAUCUUAUGGGAUUUCCUCGAUGAAAGGGACGAUCGUUGGAUGUAUCUCGAUUUAGAAGAUAUCCCUUUCUUCUCAGAUUCCGACGAUUCCGAUUGGUCCGAUUAUGAGCUGUCGUUCGAUUAGACAAAUAAAACUAUUUGAUCGACGCGAAACUGCCUUGAUAUCGCUGUUAUCAUAGCUACUCUGUUGCUACAUCGGUACCCACUUCCUUUACCAUUUACGCGCGGCUUUAGCAACUAAGAAAAUUAUUAAAUAAUUAGCAAAUAAUUUGAAUGAAUAUAUAAUUUGAAGACGUUCUAGCGCUAUGUAGAAAAAAAGAAAAAAAAAAGAAAAAAUGUGCGCACUUUCCUAAAAUGAUAAUUUAUAGAUAAGGAAUGUAUAGUCGCAAUUCAAUAGUUGAAAUAUUUCUUUUGUUUUAUUUAUUAGAUAAUAUCUAUAAAUUUUAUUCCUAUGUAAAUCAAAAAUGAUGGUAAUAGUUAUUAAAAUUUAUUAAAAUCUAAUUGCCUAUUUGCUUAAUAAAAAAAUAAAUAAUGAUUUUAAUAAAAUAAAUAAAAUAAUAGUUUAAUAACUAUUAUCCCCUUUAAUUGUUUUAUGUAGAAAUAAUCUCUUUUAGAAAUUAUCUGUGAAAGAAAUAUCUCGAUUAUUUUAAUUACGAUUUUGUACUUGUCUAUAGACAAUUACGAGAUCAUCAAUUUUGCGGUACAUAGUCGAAAUAAAAAAAUUAAAUGAAAGGGAAUUAACAUGGAUACUAGUGAAGAUUUCACUGGAUAAUCACUUUGAAAUCAUCUUUGUGUGUCUUGACCAAUGCUCUACUAACUGAUGAUUAUUCUAGCAACUAUUAUUAAUUCAGUGGUCCAAAUUUCAUCAAUGAAUAGUCUAUAUAUCGGUAUUUUUCCGAUGUUCUACUUCUCGUAGAGUAAUAUUGUUGGUUUCUUUUUCUACACUCGCGCGCGCGCGAUACUAAUUAUUAUUAAAAUGUUCCAUAAUGCAUGAUCUGGAACACAAAAUGCACAUUGAAUCAAAUCAUAGUAUAAGCAAGUCAAUAAAUAACCGGAAUUUUAGUGAUUGUACUCAUAUCGAAUGUCCUCAUAUAAAAUUGCCUGCUUUGUUUAGUAAGAUAUAUGGUCAGGUGUAUCUCAAAAUAAUUGAAAAGUAGUUUAAUUCUAGUUUUUUUUUUUUGAUUAAGGCUUCUUUUCGAUUAAUACGAAUUAGAUUAGAUUAGAUUUACUCUGUUGUAAUUUCAAUAAACAUUCGUCAUUUAUAAUAAUAUGUACUUAAUCAACAUGUAAAAAUUUCUGGAAACAUGCUAACCCUGGAUUUAAACAAUAUUUUGAGAAAUGCAAAUUACUGUAUUUGAUUUUACUGGAUUUUAUUUGAAUUUAUAACACAUAUAUCCAUAGGGCAUGAUUCUUGUGAUUGCAAUAUGACUUCGCAUUUAAAAUAGAGGAUGAAUUCUGUCGUAUUCAUAGAUAUAAUUCUGAUGAUUAAACCAAAUGUGCAUUAAAUUCUAUAAUAAUAAACUUUUUUCAUAAGUGCAACUGUUGCGAAGUAAUAUUGCAGUUACAGAAGAUUCUAUUUAAUUAUUACUUGUGGAAAGAUCAUAGCACUACUACUAUUCACAAGUAAAAUAGGAAAAUUGGACAACGAUAUAUUACUUGUGUGUGAUCAGUGUGCAUUAGUUCAAGUUAUCAAUAGUUCAUAUCGAAGGAACGAUUCACAAAGAGUCGUCCUACCUCUUGCUAUGGCUCCGCGAAUCUUUAAUACAUUUCUUUAAAUUAUUACAAUUGUAGCGUUAUACUCGUGAAUAAUAGAUAUUUCUCUGAGAGCAAGUAUGCAAAGUGAAUGUGAUACACUUAUAAGGGUGAUAUGCGAGCGCAUCAAUAUAUAAUAUUUGUGUGGGUGUACGAAUGGAAGUAAGUACGAAUAUAAAAAUAUUUGCGAGAAAGAGACGGGCUACCGUUAGCAUAUACGGAAUUAAUAACAAAUGUAAUAAAGAGAUCGCUUUUCGUGGAGUACGCAUUUGUAGAUUCAAGAUUUAAGGAGACAAUUAGGGAAAUACGUACGACGGAGUUGGACCCACGACAUAGAGCCAUGCUGGGAGAAAAUAUCAACGUUGCGCGAUCGUUUUUACAUUUUAUCAAUUUACUAAUACUAGCAAACGUUCCGAUAGCCGUUUUUUCAAUAGAGAACCGUGAUAAUUGUGCUUUGAAGGGCAUAGAUCUCUCUUGCGUGAAACGGCUAAAAUUCAAAAUGGUAUGUACGAAGGAAAAAUACACACAAAAUACGAUAUUUACGUUUUUAGCAUUGAAUAUAUUUUGUGAGAUAUUAUUUUAUAAUUUUGUAUUAUAUCUAUCGGCAAUAUGUUUAUGAUAAUAUCGUGUUGUUCUAAACAGUUCCUGCUCGCACUUACAGCUCGAUUCAUAUAUCAUCCUAAGGAGAAGUGACCAGUUUUUACAGCAGAGAGCCAAUACUGCCUUUCAAAAGCUAUGUGAUUAUAGAGUAAUAUAUAUCCUUCAUCAUAUAAAAGUCAGUUUUUUAAUCCGCCUCAAUAACGCGUUUUAUCGGAUCGAAUUUUCGCUGAAUGUCGUUUACAUUUCCCAUAGAAUUUCUAUGCUGUUAAUUUUAUCGAUAAUUGUUAGUAUAAAACUUUUAUAUUGUUGUCGGUAAUGUUUAUAUAGAGCUUUCUAUGAUAUACGUUGUGCGUUUCGAAUGACUAUUUUUGGAGCUACUUUGUUCAAACAUUCAUCAACACUCCCAGAUGUGAAGAAAAUAAAAAUGUAUCGCUUUGAACGACUUUAGAUUGUGAUAGAUAGUGGAAUUUAUAUCAUUAAGUUGAAUCCUUAGCUUACUGAGGAUGAUUUGAAUCUGAUUUUAUGAAUGAAUGGAAAAUUCACGAUGGAAAUUUCUACAUUUAUCAUCGGUAUGUCCAUCGGUAUGAUUACGCAUUGUAAGCAGAAAGUUAAAUUGACUGCGUUGAUCGUUGCACGAAUUUACUGUCAUCACUGCCAUUUUUAUCUAUCUCGAAGUAAGCGUACUACCAUUUACUGCAUUGUCAUGUUCUAAAUGCGUGCAACGCGGAAGGAGAUAUGUAAAAUUAAGAGUUGAUGUUUAUAAAAUCAUUCAACGGAAUUCAACGCGGUUCACCUUAACUUUAACGAUACUUUUUGCAAUUAACUUUAGAAUUACUCUUCCUUUCUCUCUCUCUCUCGCAUACAUAGUAUAUAUACAAGUUCAAAGUCAAUAUUCUACGUGAAUUUUGUUGUAAUAACUCGAAGAAUAUAAAGAAAACCAAAUUAUUGUUUCACCUGGAUUAUUGGAGAUAGUGAAUGGUAAAAUGAUAUUCUUAAUAUUUCAAUCUCAUUCUCAGGAUGGUUUUAUUAAGCUAGUUUAGAAAUCGUACAAUUUAUAAAAUAACCACGUGCGUCCUGUAUUUCUGCGUACAGAAUUCAUUGCCAAAAUUCUCCCGCAUGAGUAUGCAUUAAUGUCAAUUAAUCAUACUAAAUGUACCUGCAUUGAAUAAUGUAUUGCGUAAUGAUGAAUAUUAUUUUUUCCCUUUAACAAACUGAAUAUGCUUCAUAGAUUGCAAUGUUCAUCAUUAUUCAUCAUUUAUAUAAAUGAGAGAUUGCGAAUAUUUUGAAUAAUCCUUUCUCUUUCUUUUUUUUUUUAGCUUGUAUAGUGUGAAUGAUUCUCUUUAGGAUAAUAAUAUACCGAGUAUAUCAUUUUAUUUUUAUUUUAUUUUUAAUAUUAUAUAUAUAUAUAUAUAUAUAUAUUUAUUUUUAUUAUGUAUGUUAAACGAAUGUUUUGUCAUGUGUUGAAAAUGCUCGAAGAGUUUUUGCGAAAUAGUAAAAAAAUUGUGUAACAUAAGUUUUAGAAUGGGUAAUUCUUGUUGAUAUAUUUCUCAAAAAUUUCUGUACGUAAUUAUUAUAUUUUUGUAAUUUAUCAUGUUGCAAAUUUGCUUACAUUACAAUAAAGGCUCCGUAAAACGGAUCGAUAUUGAAACGAAAAUUUUAUUGCUAAGUAGAGCUCUACCGAAAAAGUAAAGUCGAUAUAAAAAACAUAUUUUUGUGUUAUAGCUUGUCUCUUAUUCUUUAAUAGAUUAUGAAUGUUUUUUAAGCAAUAAAUAUACGUAGAUUAAGAAAACUGUAUUUUCACUGUAUGAAGCACAAAUUGUGAACAAAUGUAUCUGCAUUAUCUAUUAUUUAUCCUUUUUAUAUAAAAAAAAUUGCAAAUUGAGUAUAUCAAUAAGAAAUAGCACAAGUUUUCUUUUUCUUUUUUUUUAAUUUUUCUCAUUUUGUAUUUUUCUCGAUAAAUAGAAUUGUGUAAAAUUGUUGUCACAUAUCGCGUUAACUUUUGCUUUGUAUCGCAGAAAAAAUAUGCUUACAAUCCGAAUGUGUUCAGUAAUUUUUCGAUAACAUCUAGUUGAAAGCACAUAUUCGUAGAAACUUCUUUCGAGAUAUUUAGCAUAAACGCAAAUUAUUCGAUUAAGAACAAAGUAUACGAUCAAUAUGCGCUUUUAAAACGCGAGAUAAAAAUCUGUCAUAGCGGAUUGUAACAAAUAUGUAUCGUUGAUAAAAUACGCUUGUAUUUGAUAUAAAAAUGUAAUUGUUUCUUAUAUCGCGGGGAUACUGCAAGUUUGGUGAAGAAAAAAAUAUGUUCUUAUAUAGUGAGAUGUUAAUUGAGUAAUUUACACAUAUUGUAUUGCAAUAGAAAUUUUAUCGUGUUUUUCAUGUAUCAGGAAGUAUAUGAAAAGCAUGUUAUUGAAAAAAAUUCAAGAAACACUUCGUUGCGCGGCUCACUUGAUAUUUAAAUCGCUGAUUUAAACUCCCCUUUUCUCUUAUCGAGGGUCCACCGUCAGUUUCGUAUCCCUUUACUUCUAACGAAAUAGGAUUAUUAUUAUUAAUAAUAAAAAGUCUAUAUAACAUUGUUAGAGAAAUUAUAUAUAAUCCGUUUAUUUCACAUGUAAAUUUUGGAUCUCUGAUGUUUUUCGAUACUUAUUUCACUGUAACUCAAUACAAAUCAUCCAACUGUCAACAACUAUAACGUUGUCGUCGUUGUAUAAUUGAGCUUCUCUGAUUAAUGUAUAAAUAAGAGAAAAAUAAUAGCCAUUGCCCCGUUUGUUUUAACAGUAGAAAUAAUCAAGUAGUCGUCAGUGGAUUGUACAUUCAUAGAGUGUGAUGAUGAAAUAAAAGCGAUCCUAUCUUUAA